CACUGAUUGGCAGCACUGAUAGGUGGCACUGAUUGGCAGCACUGAUAGGUGGCACUGACAGCUGACACUGAAAGGCAGCUCAGAUGGGCACUGAUAUGUGGCAUUGAUGUGCACUGAUAGGCACUGAUAUGUGGCAUUGCUGUGGCACUGAUGGGCACUGGCAGAAGGCAGUGAUGAGUACUGACCACUGGCGUUGAUGGACACUGACAGGUUGCACUGCUGGGGCUACACUGAUCAUCAGGGCACACUGAUCAUCAGUGCCCUGAUGAUCACUGUCAGCAUGACAGCUCAUGAGGAGAGAAAUGCUGAUAACUGGCAUUUCCCUAUUUACAUGCAAUUAGCUGUGAUUGGAGAC